AUGGCCGACGAUGCUCGUCAGCCGGGUGCAUUGCACCAUGAACCGACCGCAACACAGGACAGCUCAUACUUCCAAGAAAGCUCCAAUGUCAUUGCUUCGGACCAAGCUCUCGCCUCCCAUUCGACCAGCGUGACCGACCUCUCGUCCGAUGGUCGCUGGGGAGAACAGGAAGCCGAGCCUGUCUCCCGCCGCGGCGCAAUGGAGGAUUUCGAGGAAAUGCGACGAGAAUUGACCCGACACAGUCUGCACCAAACCCGUUCCACCACCCGAGAUGCCCAGCGACUGCGCUCUCGCGCCUCGCAUGCCAGCCAGGCCCGCGAUGAAGAGAAGACACUCGAUGAGGAUGAGCUGUCCGGCACCACCGAUGAUGAAUACGGGGGAUUUGAUCUCAGCGAGUUUUUGGUGGGCGGUCAUCUUGAACGACGGACGACUGCGGGCGAACCGGCCAAGAAGGUGGGCGUGGUGUUUAAGGACGUCACUGUGAAGGGUAUUGAGACGGGCGCCUCCUUUGCUCGCACCCUUCCCGAUGCCGUCAUUGGUACAUUUGGCCCCGAUCUCUACAACAUCGUUUGUAGGUUUGUCCCGCAGCUUCACUUCGGCCACAAGCCGCCCGUGAGGGACCUGCUUCAUGACUUCACGGGUGCUGUCCGGGAAGGUGAGAUGAUGUUGGUGCUGGGGAGACCCGGUGCUGGCUGUUCGACUUUCUUAAAGACGAUUGCGAACGACAGGGGUGCGUUUGCGGGCGUCGAGGGCGACAUCAGCUAUGGUGGCUUGUCGGCCAAGGAGCAGAACAAGCACUUCCGCGGUGAGGUUAACUAUAACCAGGAAGAUGACCAGCAUUUCCCGAACCUCACUGUCUGGCAGACGUUGAAGUUCUCCCUCAUCAACAAGACCAAGAAGCAUGACAGGGCCAGCAUCCCGGUGAUCAUCGAUGCGUUGCUGAAGAUGUUCGGAAUCUCCCACACCAAGAACACGGUGGUGGGUAACGAGUAUGUUCGGGGUGUCUCCGGUGGUGAGAGAAAGCGUGUCAGUAUCGCCGAGACGCUGGCGACCAAGUCCUCGGUCGUCUGUUGGGACAACUCCACCAGAGGUCUGGAUGCUAGCACAGCCCUUGACUACGCCAAGUCCCUCCGCAUUAUGACCGACGUCAGCAAGCGGACAACUCUGGUCACCUUGUACCAAGCGGGAGAGAGUAUCUACGAGCUUAUGGAUAAGGUGAUGGUGAUCGAUUCGGGGCGCAUGCUCUACCAGGGACCUGCCAACGAAGCCAGGCAGUACUUCGUGAACCUUGGUUUCUUUUGUCCCGAGCAAUCCACCACGGCCGACUUCCUGACUUCCCUGUGCGACCCCAACGCUCGUCAGUUCCAACCAGGCCGAGAAGCGUCUACCCCCCGGACGCCGGAAGAGCUCGAGUCUGUCUUCAGGCAGAGCGAGGCAUACAAGCGGAUCCUGGAUGACGUCUCCGGUUAUGAGAAGCAGCUACAGGAUACCAACCAGGAAAGCACUCGUCGGUUCGAGAAGUCUGUCGCUCAGUCCAAGAGUAAGACGGUAUCGAAGAAGUCUCCUUACACUGUUUCUCUUGUUCGACAGGUUGCAGCCUGUGUGCAACGUGAGUUCUGGCUGCUAUGGGGUGAUAAGACUUCGCUUUACACCAAGUAUUUCAUCAUCUUGUCCAACGCACUUAUUGUCUCGUCUCUGUUCUAUGGCGAGUCGCUUAACACCAGCGGAGCUUUUUCGCGUGGUGGUGCUCUGUUCUUUUCGAUUCUAUUCCUCGGUUGGUUGCAGUUGACGGAGCUGAUGCCGGCUGUCAGCGGACGUGCCAUUGUUGCACGCCACAAGGAUUACGCUUUCUACCGCCCAUCUGCUGUUGCCAUUGCCCGUGUGGUUGUGGACUUCCCGGCGAUCUUCUGCAUGGUCGUACCUUUCACUAUCAUUGUCUACUUCAUGGCAGGGCUUGAUGUGGUUGCCUCGAAGUUUUGGAUAUAUUUUCUCUUUGUGUACACGACAACCUUCUGUAUCACGGCGCUGUAUCGAAUGUUUGCGGCACUUUCCCCAUCGAUCGAUGAUGCUGUUCGUUUCAGUGGUAUCGCUCUCAACGUGUUGAUCCUGUUCGUUGGCUAUGUCAUCCCCAAACAAAGUCUCAUCGAUGGCUCGAUCUGGUUCGGGUGGCUGUUCUAUGUGAACCCUCUGUCUUACAGCUACGAGGCUGUCCUCUCUAACGAGUUUGCUGGUCGUGUCAUGGAGUGUGCGUCUUCAAUGUUGGUACCUUCUGGCCCAGGGUUCGAUUCGAGAUAUCAGGGUUGCUCUCUCACUGGGUCAGAGCUCGGUCAGACGACCGUCUCGGGUACUCGGUAUAUUGAAUCGACCUACUCGUUCACGCGCCACCAUCUCUGGCGCAAUUUCGGGGUGGUCAUCGCUUUCGCAGUGCUCUACAUCUUGGUGACCGUCUUUGCGGCCGAGCAUCUCUCGUUUGUCGGCGGUGGCGGCGGCGCGUUGGUUUUUAAGCGCUCCAAGCGUGCCAAGCAGCUCAAGUCGCAGGCCAACACCGGGAGUGAUGAAGAGAAUGGCCAAGGCUCAGGCUCCCAGGCACAGUCCAACAGUGGCAAUGGCGCCUUCAACCGGAUCUCGUCUAGUGACCGGAUCUUUACCUGGUCAAACGUCGAAUAUACGGUCCCUUACGGCAACGGAACUAGGAAGCUUCUCAACGGCGUCAACGGCUACGCGAAGCCCGGACUUAUGAUUGCUCUGAUGGGUGCUUCCGGAGCCGGCAAGACCACCCUACUGAACACCCUGGCCCAGCGCCAGAAGAUGGGCGUGGUCACUGGUGACAUGCUUGUCGAUGGCCGUCCUCUUGGUGCGGACUUCCAGCGAGGUACCGGCUUCUGCGAGCAGAUGGAUCUUCACGAUAACACCGCUACGAUCCGCGAGGCCCUUGAAUUCUCAGCCCUUCUUCGUCAGGAUCGGAACACCCCCCAGCAAGAGAAGCUCGACUAUGUCAACCAGAUUAUCGACCUCCUGGAACUCGAGGAGAUCCAGGAUGCCAUUAUCGGCUCCUUGAAUGUUGAACAGAAGAAGCGGGUGACCAUUGGCGUUGAAUUGGCCGCCAAACCUAGUCUCCUUCUCUUCCUUGACGAGCCUACAAGUGGUCUGGACAGUCAGGCAGCCUAUUCCAUCGUUAGAUUCCUGAAGAAGCUCUCCCAGGCAGGACAGGCUAUCGUGUGCACAAUCCACCAGCCCUCGUCCAUGCUCAUUCAACAGUUCGACAUGAUUCUGGCCCUGAACCCCGGUGGUAACACGUUCUAUUUUGGUCCUGUUGGCCCCGAAGGUCGGGACGUGGUCAAGUAUUUUGCGGACCGUGGUGUUGUCUGUCCGCCUACGAAGAAUGUUGCCGAAUUCAUUCUGGAGACGGCGGCCAAGGCAACGAAGAAAGACGGCAAGACUUUCGACUGGAACGCAGAAUGGAAAAACUCGGACGAAAACCGCAGGAUGUUAGACGAAAUCAAGGCGAUCGGAGAGGAGCGCAGCAAGAUCCCAGUGGCUGAACAGGUGGUGCAGUAUGAAUUUGCCGCGCCUGUUUCAACCCAGACGUACCACCUCAUGAUGAGAGUCUUCCGACAGUACUGGAGAGACCCAUCGUACUACUAUGGAAAGCUGUUCGUCAGUGUCAUCAUUGGAAUUUUCAACGGUUUUACAUUCUAUAUGCUCGGUGAUUCGAUUUCCAGCAUGGAAGACCGCAUGUUCUCGAUCUUCCUGAUCAUUCUUCUCCCGCCAAUCAUCCUGAACAGUCUUGUUCCUAAGUUUUACAUCAACCGGGCUCUCUGGGAAGCGCGCGAGUUCCCCAGUCGAAUUUACGGAUGGAUGGCGUUCUGCACGGCCAACAUCAUCUGUGAGAUCCCCAUGGCGAUCAUCUCCGCCCUCAUCUACUGGCUGCUGUGGUAUUACCCUGCCGGAUUCCCCACGGACUCCAGCAGCGCGGGAUACGUCUUCCUCAUGUCGAUGCUUUUCUUCCUGUUCCAAGCCAGCUGGGGACAAUGGAUUUGCGCCUUUGCCCCGUCAUUCACGGUGAUCUCCAACACUCUUCCCUUCUUCUUCGUCAUGACAUCCUUGUUCAACGGUAUCGUCCGGCCGUACUCCGAAUACCCCGUUUUCUGGAAAUACUGGAUGUACUACGUCAACCCGGUCACCUGGUGGCUCCGAGGAGUCAUCUCCACCGUGUUCCCAAGCGUCGACAUCCAGUGCGCUUCCGGAGAAACCACCCACUUCAACCCCCCGCCCGGUCAGACCUGUUCCCAGUACGCCGGCGACUGGGUCAGCAGCGCCGGCGUCGGCUAUCUGGUCCAGCCCAACGCCACCUCCGACUGCGAGUACUGCCCCUACGCCAACGGCUCCCAGUACAUGCACGCGCUGAACGUCCACGACGGCGACAAGUGGCGCUGCUUCGGCAUCUUCCUGGCCUAUGUCAUCAUCAACUGGUUCCUCGUCUACUUCAUGAUCUACUGCGCGCGCGUCCGCGGAUGGUCCUUCGGAAUGGGAUACGUCUUCGGCGCCCUGGGAGCGGUGUUUGGCGGUAUCAAGAAGCUGUUCUCGCGGAAGUCUACCAAGACUGAGAACUAGCUCUUUGAUCCCAUGACCAUCCACUCACUCCCUUUCCGACAAUAAUCGUCGACUUUGACGUCAAAGACAAAACAUACAACAACAAAGAAAAACCGAAAGCGCAGUACCUUGAAAAUACUAUGGUAUUAAAUACGAUAUCCAAGAAGAUGAGCAAAGAGAGAGACGGAAGGAGAAGAAAAGCAUUCCAUUGAUUCAUUUUUUCUGUCUUCCCGGUCUCGAUUCGAUUUACCGCCCGGAUAACUAAUUAGAUGAUGCAUCAGCGUGUGUGUUGGUUGGGUAGGUAGGACCCUGGCUUGGCCCUGGAUUCGAUUUCUUACUUGUUUACUUUUUUUAUUUAC